UCGCUUGCAGCGUUAGCCUGCACAGCUGAAGAACAUAUCCGUCUAUAAACUUUAUUAUUUUAAAGUAAUAUAAUAACGCAUUUAAGAUCUACACAGAACAAAGAUCAGAUAUUCAAACUGGCGGUGAUUUAGAUGGGAAUAAUGGCGGAUGGCCGCUACUACAAUGAACACGAUGAUCGCUUGGGGAGCCACCAGUUCCGUCAACGCAAAGUCCGUGGUCCAUUCAGGGGGUGCUUGGACAGAAAUGUAGAAGUUCCGAGCCUAAAACUGGGUCCUGCAGGAGACGCCUGGCCUUGGCCCCCUGGUAGGUGUCUAGAGAAAGACGGAGGUGCCAUGAGCAAUGGCCAGGACAAGGCCACUCAGCAGAGAUUCAACCCGUAUGGCCGACCUAACCGAGCAGGACCUGGCCAAUUUGGUAGAGACAGAAAAAGAGGAGGGGGCAUGGGAAAUCACAGGCUGAGUGAAGUAGAUCAAGCGGGAGAAGAUACAGAAAGAGGAGGACCUAUUUCAGGAGAAGCCAAAAGUUGGUACAAAAUUACGAUUCCCUAUGGGAGGAAAUACAAUAAAAACUGGCUUUUGUCAGCACUGCAGAAUCACUGCCCCAUACCUUUCACUCCAGUAAAUUACUUCACAGAAGGGCAGAAAGUGCAGUUCUACCUGGAAGAUGCCACCGCUGCCAGUGCCCUGUGCAAAGUCAGUCGCAGGAUUACAGAUAAUGAAGGAUAUAAGGUGGUUGUGAUCAUGAACCCAUGUGUGCCACCAUCCUUCACAAAGAUUGACCUUAAAGAAGAGGAUCUGCAGCACUUAAAAAAAUUUAUGUCCGAGCGCUUUGAUGGCUCUGUGCAGCUUCUCAACCUGCAAAGCAUUUGCACUGAUCAAGCUUUGGUGUCUCGAAAGAUCAAGGUCAUUCUGAACAGAAGGAGCUGCAUGCAGGCUGUGAUAAAGAUCAUUAAAGAGAAUAUCUCAGAUUUGAAGUCUCUAAACUUAAGCAACAAUAGGCUGUACAAGUUGGACGAUCUUGCAGAGCUGGUGGAUGUUGCACCCAACUUAACAAUGCUCAACCUCUCUGAUAAUGAGCUAAAGUCUGAACGAGAGCUGGACAAGGUGAAGGGCUUUAGGCUUACAGAGCUUUGGCUGAAUCACAACCCCCUAUGUGAUCACUUCAAGGACAAGGCCACAUACAUCAGUGCUGUUCAGCAACGAUUCCCCAGACUUCUCAAACUGGAUGGCCACAGUCUUCCUGCACCAAUAGGUUUUGAUCUUGAAACCCGUGCCAUGAUUCCUCCCUCCAAGGGCAGCUACUUUGGUACGGAUGAAAUUAAGGAAUUCAUCAUGCGUUUCCUGCAACAAUAUUACAGUGUAUACGACUCAGGAGAUCGACAGCUUCUGCUGGAAGCCUAUCACGAUGGAGCCUGCUUCUCCAUCAGCCUCCCCUCUAGGUCUACUCUGGACAAUUAUCAAAUUCACAGCCGCAACUUUAAGAAGGUCAAAGACUCUGUGAUGCGCCUCCGGCUGUUAAAGCACACUCGCCUGAAUGUCGUCGCUUUUCUUAAUCAACUGCCGAAAACUCAGCAUGACUUGGCCUCUUUUUGUAUCGAUGUAAACACUUACACACAAACGUUACUGGCAUUUACGGUCAGUGGGGUGUUUAAAGAAGUCGAUACCAAGCCCAGAGACCUUGUUCGUGCCUUCUCUCGAGUCUUUGUUGCUGUUCCAGCCUCGAAUUCUGGACUGUGUUUAGUCAAUGAUGAGCUGUUUGUGAGAAAUGCUAACAGCGAUGAGGUACGUCGUGCGUUUACCGCCCCGACUCCGUCCAGCAGCCCUGAACUCACACUUACCACUUUACAGAAGGAAAUGCUCUCAGAAUUCUCCCAGAAAUCUCAAAUGAAUCUUGAGUGGUCCCAAAGGUGCUUACAACAUAGUGAAUGGGACUUCAACCGAGCUGUUCAGCUGUUUACAGAGCUCAAGGCCCAGGGCUCCAUACCAGACGUUGCCUUCAUAUCCUGAGGAUGAAUCAGCUUAGUUUUGUUUAUUUUGUAGUAAAUAAAAAAAGUAGUAAAAAAAUUGGGAACUAGUUUUAUAUGUAUUUUAUUAGGAUUUUCUUAUGUUUGAUAUCUCAGGCUGAGAAUUGAUAUGUGUUUUGUUGUUUUAAUUAUUUAAUUUGUUACAUAAGCUGUUGUGUAAUGUUUUAAUUUAUGCUGUGAAUUGUGUUGCCUCAGCAAUAAAACCUGUGGUUAUAAUACA